UCCUUGCGUAGAAUGGGGCGCUUCACCGUGUGGGACUAUGUGGUCUUUGCGGCUAUGCUGCUCAUCUCAGCCAUCAUUGGCAUCUACUAUGCCUUCGUGGGAGGUGGGCAGAAGACGUCGAAGGACUUCCUUAUGGCAGGCCGAAGCAUGAGUGCCCUCCCGGUUGCACUCUCCCUCACCGCCAGCUUCAUGUCCGCCGUCACGGUGCUGGGCACCCCUGCUGAGAUCUAUCGUUAUGGUGCCAUCUUCUGCGUCUUUGCCAUCACCUACGGCCUGGUGGUGCUGUGCAGUGCUGAGAUCUUCCUGCCCGUCUUCUACAAGCUGGGCAUUACCAGCACCUAUGAGUACUUAGAACUUCGAUUUAAUAAAUAUCUACGCCUCUGUGGAACGGUCCUUUUCAUAAUACAAACGACUUUAUACACGGGUAUUGUCAUUUAUGCUCCAGCUUUAGCACUAAAUCAAGUCACUGGCUUUGACUUGUGGGGUGCUGUGGUGGCGACUGGCGUGGUCUGCACAUUCUACUGCACACUGGGUGGUCUGAAGGCAGUGGUGUGGACAGAUGUUUUCCAGGUUGGAAUCAUGGUUGCUGGAUUUUCGUCUGUGAUUAUACGAGCUGUGGUGGUUCAGGAGGGAAUUGGACGCAUUGUAAAUGAUUCCUACCAUGGAGGAAGAUUAAACUUCUGGGACUUUGAUCCCAAUCCUUUGCAAAGGCACACCUUCUGGACGAUUGUUAUAGGUGGGACUUUCACGUGGACUGGUAUAUACGGGGUUAACCAGUCUCAAGUCCAGAGAUACAUCGCAUGCAAAAGUAGAUUCCACGCAAAAUUGUCCCUCUACAUCAACCUGGUGGGACUCUGGGCAAUCCUGGUCUGUGCCACACUGUCUGGACUGGCCCUCUACUCCAUCUACAAAGACUGUGACCCAUGGACGGCCAACCAGGUGUCGGCCCUCGACCAGCUAAUGCCAUACCUAGUGCUGGAUAUCAUGCGUGAUUUCCCAGGAGUGCCAGGACUUUUUGUGGCUAGUGCCUACAGUGGGACAUUAAGUACGGUGUCCUCCAGCAUCAAUGCUCUGGCUGCUGUGACUGUUGAAGACCUCAUUAAGCCCUACUUCAAAUCUCUCUCUGAAAAGAAGCUGUCAUGGAUUUCCAUGGGGAUGAGCCUGUUUUAUGGUGGAGUCUGCAUUGCUAUGGCUGCAGUGGCAUCUCUUCUGGGAGGCUUGUUACAGGCAGCGCUCAGCAUUUUUGGCAUGGUUGGUGGCCCCCUUUUAGGACUGUUUGCCUUGGGAAUCCUCUGCUCAUUUGCAAAUGGAAUUGGGGCAUUUGUGGGUCUUGUCAGUGGCUUCAUUAUUUCACUUUGGGUUGGAAUUGGAUCUCAGAUUUAUCCUCCACUUCCAGAGAGAACCAAGCCACUCAGUCUCUCAAUUGCGGGCUGUAAUAUAUCCUCAGGAAAUUUAACAUCAACAGAAAUUCCAUUAACAACGGUUUUCAGCACACCAGGUGCAGAAAGGCCUGCCCUGGCAGAUAACUGGUAUUCCUUGUCUUAUCUCUACUUCAGCACACUUGGGACACUUGUUACAGUAGUUGUGGGAAUAAUUAUCAGCCUCCUAACAGGAGGACUAAAGCAGAACACGGAUCGUAAAUUCCUGCUGACCAAGGAAGAUUUCCUGUCCAACUUCUCAUGGUCCGAAACUGAGCAACCAGAGAAAGUGGAAGUGUUGAACUGGAAACCAUUUACCAUGGCAGACGAAGGAACUGACAACCCUGCCUUUAGCCACAUUGAAAUGGAUGUUGCAAGUGACAAGAACAAAGUCAAUGGUCUUCACAUAUGA